UCAUAUAGUGACUAGAACAGAGAUAAGAAUAUUUUCUGUGAUUAUAGAGUUCAAAAGCUGACUUUUAUAAAUCUGAAUGUGUGUUUAAACCAGGCAUUAAUUCAGCGACACACACUGAAGCUCCGGUCACAGGUGUGUGAAGAGAAGACACACCCACAGCGAACAGAGACAGGUUUAUUCAGGCUUCACACACACUUCACCGGCCAGCAAACUACGAGAAGAUCCUUCAUCAUGCAGUGCCCUCAGUCUCCGGGCCGAAUCCUGUCGGAGGAGCAGUUCUCCUGCUCCAUCUGUCUGGAGGUCUUCGUCGAGCCCGUCUCCACUCCCUGCGGACACACUUUCUGUAAGGCCUGUCUGCAGGGCUUCUGGAAUCACAGCAAGAAGUUCCUGUGUCCCAUGUGCAAGAAAACCUUCUCCAGAAAACCAGAGCUCAGCGUCAACUGUGUGCUGGCCGAGAUCGCAGAGCAGUUCCAGGGUCUGUCCACGAUGUCCUCGCUCGACCGCGCCAGGGUCGAGUUUACCAAUGCCCCACAGAAAGAGGACGACUGGGGAGACUUUGCUAAAGCGGGAGAGGUGCCCUGCGACGCCUGCAUCGGCCGGAAGAUGAAGGCCAUGAAGUCGUGUCUGAGCUGCCCGGGAUCGUUCUGCGAAGCUCACCUCCAGCAUCACAAGAAGGGGAAGGCGAUGAACUCGCACAAGCUGGUGGAGCCCAUACACAACCUGGAGGACAAGAUGUGCAAGACACACAAGCGCCUCCUGGACGCCUACUGCCGAAACGAACACGUGUGCGUGUGUAAGGAGUGCGCAGGGUCCUCGCAUAAAGGCCACGAGCUUGUCUCCACCGAACGAGAGUGGAAGAAGAAAACGAGUCAGCUGGGGAAGAAAAGGUCAGAACUGAAACACCUGAUCAAGGAGCGAGAAAAGAAACUGGAGGAGAUCAAGCAGUCCAUCAAAGUGCUCAAAGACAGCGGUCAGAGAGAGGUGGAGGAGAGCUGGACGGUGUACGCGGAGCUGCAGCGGCUGCUGGAACAGUCUCAGGCCGAGCUGCUGGAGCUCAUCUCCACGCGGCAGAAACAAGCGGAGCAGCAGGCCAAAGACCUGGCCAUCAGCCUGGAGCACGAGCUCAACACCCUGAGGAAGAGGAGCAGCGAGCUGGACGCUCUCGCUCAGACACAGGACAGGGUGCUCUUUCUACAGUUCCUGCCAUCUCUUCCUCCUCCAGCGGAGCCGUCUGAUUGGUCAUCGGUGUACGUGAACACGGAUCUGUAUCUCAGCACCAUCAGGAAGUCCGUCUGCUCUCUGGUCGACAAGUUCCAACACGAGGUCAAGCGGCUUUAUGGGAAAGAACUCAGGAAGCUGCAAAACUAUGCAAGUGAGGUGAUCUUGGAUCCUGCCACAGCUCAGCGUGAUCUCUGUCUGUCCGAGGACGGCCGGCAGGUACGCUAUGAUGAGCAGCGGAAGAGCUCCACACACUCAGACACGCCGCGCCGCUUCAGCCCAGCGCUGUUUGUCCUGGCGCGAGAGGGUCUUUCCUCCGGCAGACACUACUGGGAGGUGGACGUGGGACACAAGACCGCUUGGACAGUAGGAGUGGCCCGGGGGUCAGCGCGACGCAAAGGAGAGAUCCGCCUCAGUCCAGAAGGAGGCUUCUGGUGUUUAUGGCUGAAGAGUGGAGAAGUGAAAGCUCUCAGUGGUAACAGAGUUCCUCUGCAUCUCGCCACACUGCCUCAGAAGCUGGGCAUCUUCCUGGACUACGAAGCUGGACAGGUGUCCUUCUAUGACGUGAAGACACGCUCUCAUCUCUACACGUUCACAGAUGCCUUCACUGAGAGCGUCUAUCCCAUCUUCAGCCCUUGUAUCAAUCAGGACGGAAGGAACCCCGGAGCGCUGGUCAUCACCGCCGUCAAACACAGCUGAGACGCCAAACUCACACCAAUGCUGAAAACUGAAGACUUUCUAAAUGGAUUCUGGACAAAUAAAACACUUUUUCAUGAGAUUUCUCUCUGUAAAUCUUAUAAUGAGAUCACGUGACACUGAAGACUGGAGUAAUGAUGCUGAAAAUACAGCUUUGAGCAGGGCCGUGCAGAGACCUUUGGAGGGGCAGGUGUUCAAAGUAUAAAAGGGGCACAUGGAACAAGGCUUUAAAUAGCGCUGUUCAAAAUAUCAAUACAGCAAUAUAUGGUGAUGCAUUCCUUGCUGAUUCGCAUAUCGAUAUGGAUGAUUAUGUAUUGAUACGGCAGCAAAUGCUGUGAUGCAGUUUUGAAAAAGAAACAGAUUAGAAAAGACAAUUUUAAGUUUAAAAGUAAAUAUAUAUAUAUAUUCUUUCCACCUAAUAAUAGCUCUGGGAUUAGAAACUGAAAUGUCUUAAAUUGUC